UGAUUUGGUAGCCGCUGCAGUAGGAGGAAGGACCGCGGUUCUACCCCUUCUAUCUUUCAGUUUCGUCUCAAAAUUUCUCUCGGUGGCACCUUCUAGUAGCGAUCAGUAACCUGUGUAUACAUCAGCGGUGUUCUAUGAUAACUAAGUCGUAGUAUUACCGACGGACAGUGAUCUCAAUCGCCAUUUUAAUCGCACGUUUUCCCUGACAGAAGCGCUAGCACAACAAUGGCUCUGAAAAGAAUUCACAAGGAGUUAAAUGACUUGGCACGGGACCCACCAGCCCAGUGUUCUGCAGGACCAGUAGGAGAUGACAUGUUUCACUGGCAAGCCACAAUAAUGGGACCUAAUGACAGUCCUUACCAGAGCGGGGUUUUCUUCUUGACCAUACACUUCCCCACAGACUACCCCUUCAAACCGCCAAAGGUUGCAUUUACCACAAGAAUCUACCACCCAAAUAUCAACAGCAACGGCAGCAUUUGUCUUGACAUCCUGCGAUCACAGUGGUCUCCGGCUCUCACCAUCUCCAAAGUUCUCCUGUCCAUCUGCUCUCUGCUGUGCGACCCAAACCCGGACGACCCCUUAGUACCCGAGAUCGCCCGCAUCUACAAGACGGACAGGGAAAAGUACAACAAAAUAGCUCGGGAAUGGACACAAAAGUAUGCAAUGUAGUGUUGGGGUAGAAACAUGGCCAACCACCUCUACGACGUAAGGUUAGGGGAGCUUCAGACGUAAAGAGAAAACAAACAAAAAACCAUACAAACAAAUGAAAAGUUUAAAACAAGAUCUUGUUGGUUUCCAUUGGAGUGCUUUCUUUGAGCCACGCCUCCCCUUCACCAGAGUACCUGUAAAACUCCCUCUGCCCCACCUCCUCUCUCUCUCUCUCUCUCUCUCUCCUCUCUCUCUAUCUCUAUCUCUCUCUCUCUGUUUGACUCCCCCCUCUCCUCCCCUCCUGCCUCUCAGCUCACCUGCCCAUCCUCCAGUGUACAUAUUGUCAACUUGCAAUGGUAAAACCGUCUCUCCCCUGCUCCCUUUUCCCACCACCUCCCUCUCUGGUCACCUCUGACCUCCUGACUUCUUCUGUAUUCCGUUACAUUUUGUCACCAAGCAGGUUGGGCUGCCGCCGACCCUCCAAACUCCCCGCCCUCCCUCCUCUUCUCUCUCCCCCACUCGCCUGCAUCCUCACCCACCACCAUCACUAAAAGCAUUCCUUUGAACAUCUGUAAAGCUUUGAGGGGACCUGUUGUUUUUUGUUGUUCUUUAUUUCCCAUUUUUUUUGAAGGGGGGAGGGGGACAAUAAGAUUGAGGGAUUUUUACACUCUGCACCCUUUCUUGUUUUGUUGUCCCAGUGACUUCCAUCCGUAGAGGUGACAAUUCAAGAAAGCAGUCAAAGGGCACUCUGUAUUUUAUACAUAGAAGAAAUCAUCACAGGCUAUGUAAAAUGGAAAAAAAAAAA